GGGACCCGGAACGGCCGAAAUGAGCCCUCAGACGGGCCAACAAAGGCCCUCCGUAGCCAUUUUGGCUCAAGGCUUGUAUCGUGGUACAGUCCGUGAUCGUACAACACACACCCACCUUGUAUAUAUCGGUUUUCGCGCAAGCGAAUUCUGCCAUUCAGUCCGCAUGGCACACUGGUCCGCGUGGCUGGUGGGGGUACUUCUCCACAGCGUACCUACCGCAGUUUCUCUUCAGACGGGUGCCGGUGGCAACGCGACGGGACAUUUGCAGACAGAUCGUUCGUGGUCUUGUUCCUCGAUCGCAGCCAGCAGUUUCACCUACCAGUACGACUCUUAUCUGUCUGGCAGUACCAUCGUGUUGACAAACAAUCAGGGCAGCCAGCGUGGGCGGGCAUACUACACGUGGGCAAAUUCGGGAGGAUUCAGGAUCAAUUUCGACAUGUGGAUGGGCGGUGGGUCAGGCGCUGACGGCAUGUGCAUGAAGUACGGCGGUUAUGACUCUGGCGAGUUUGGCGAAGACAUUGCUGGCAGUGGCUUCUCUGUAUGCUUCGACUCCUAUUCAAACGGGGAUGAUCAUGGCGUGUUGAUGGGUUGGAAUGGAGGGUCCAUCUUUGAACAGAUAGGUUCGGGCCACUGGACUCACAAAGUGCCCCUCUUCGAGGACUCCACUUGGCAUGACGUCAUUGUGGAGGUCACGCCCAGCGGCAGCGGUGCCAGUGUGAUUCUGAACUUCGACAACGGCUACUACUAUAGGACCGCUACGAUUAAUGGCUACGCGUCGCCCGUUGGUAGUCAGCAGCUGGCCUUCACUGCAAGAACGGGCGGUGCUACCAACUGGCACUAUGUCACGAAUAUCCAGGCGUGCAGCGCCGCGACGCCCUACCCGACGCCCUACCCGACUGCCUACCCCACUGCCUACCCCACUGCCUACCCCACUGCCUUUCCGACGCCCUACCCGACACCCUACCCGACGCCCGACCCGACUGCCUACCCCACUGCCUACCCCACUGCCUUUCCGACGCCCUACCCGACACUCUACCCGACGCCCUACCCGACUGCCUACCCCACUGCCUACCCCACUGCCUACCCCACUGCCUCCGACGCCCUACCCGACCGCCUUCCCGACGCCCAGCCCGACGCCCAGCCCGACGUAUCCUCUGGGUUGGCCGACGCCACAUCCGACGUUUCCUGUUGGAGCUCCCAUGGCGGGUGGGGCUGGCGGUGCCGUGGCUGCCACCGGCGAUCCCCAUUUGCAGAACGUUCUUGGUCAGAGGUUCGAUUUGAUGAAACCGGGCAAGCAUGUUCUGAUCAACAUCCCUCGUGGAAGGCACAAGAACGCAUUGCUUCGCGUGCAGGCCGAUGCGCGCCAAAUGGGCGGACAAUGUGCAGACAUGUAUUUCCAAGAACUGAAUAUCACAGGGGAGUGGGUGGAGGCAAAAGGGACGAGCGGUCUCUGUUUCCAAGCUCAGAGUGUGCAUGAUGAUCAGCCGAAGUGGCUGAAGUUUGGGAAGGUGCAGGUGAAAGUUGCCCAUGGGCGCACUGAGGACGGGGCUCAGUAUCUGAACUUCUACGUCAAGCAUCUUGGGCAUUCCGGGUUUGCUGUUGGAGGAUUGCUAGGAGAAGAGGAUCACACGGAGGCAACGAAGCCUUCGGAGGCCUGUGCUCACCGCAACUCCCUUCUUCAGGUAUCGUCCGAGGCGGCUCGAAACGCAACCGUCUUCUCCGUUGCAGAGGCGAGCUUCGCCUGAUGCUCGUGCGGGCGCGGCGAACAGCGGCGGGGCGACCUCUCUCCCGCGGCGCCCCCACCCCGAUGGCCAGAGGGGCUGACCCGCCGCGCAACCGAAGGAGACGGCAAAGAGGAUGGCGAGGCUGAGCGAUCUGUAAAAAAAAGACGGGCCAACAAAGGCCCCAAAGGAGUCCAAAGGAAGGCCCAGAGAGGUCCCAGAGACUGCCACAAUGCUUCCAAAAAGGCUCACGGCACGCGUUCCAGUAGGCAUCCGUGUAUUGGGUGCUUUGA